AUGUCAGAAAAUAGCAACAUGAAUAAAACUGCUUUGGUAUUUGGUGCUACAGGCGCUGUUGGUAAACAACUUUUAAAGGAUGUGUUAAAGAAUGGUACCUAUGCAAAGGUCGUAGCAGUGGGUAGACGCCCUGUGGAACUCGACGAAAGCACUCCUCAAGACAAGUUGGUGCAAAAAACCGUUGAUUUUGAUAAUUUGGAAGCUCAUCGUGAGGAUUUCAAGAACGUGUCAGAUGUCUUUUGUUGCCUUGCUACAACUCGUGCUGAUGCUGGCAGUGCUGAGAAGUUUGUCAAAAUUGAUCAGACCUAUGUAUUAGACUCUGCAAAGAUCAUUCACGAAGAAAACAAGCCAACCGGAUCGGAAUUGGCACCUGUACAUUUCCUCUACUGUUCAUCCAGGGGCGCAGACAAGAAUUCCAUGUUCUUGUAUCCCAAGACAAAAGGUCAAACUGAAGAAAAACUGGCCGAAACAGGCUUUGAGAAAGUAUCCAUAUUCCGUCCUGGACUUUUGGAGGUAGUAGAGCCUCGUACUCGUCCUCGAUUGAUGGAGCCUCUUGCAGUAGCUGUCUGUAAACCCAUUUUCAACCUUUUUGGCUUUAAAGGCAUCAAUUCUGUCGAUACCGUGGGUAAGGCUAUGCAUAAAGUGGCCGAAGAUAGCUCCAUCAAGCCCGCUGAUGCUUCCAGUGUCAAGAAAUCAGUCAUUGGAUCCAUGGUGUCUGCUUUCAACAAUAACGAUAUCGAGAAUAUUGUCCACUUCAAGCCCUAA